CCACUCGUCCACCACUAAUAUGAUCUUAUCUCCGCCUCGCCCGCCCUCUUGAACCCAUGAUAUUUCUUCUGUAACUUUGACAAGCGAGUUGCUAUCCCGGGAGAGGGGUCGAGGGGGCAAUCUUAGGGGAUAUCGCGGAUCUCAACAUACAGAAGAGGGCCCGGUCGGAGUAUUCAGGGCAAGAGGUGGACACCUAUAAAUACGGCUGAUCGACAACCUUGGCAGCAUGAUCAACUUAAAAAUCUUUUCAAAUCUGCCGCCGUGUUCCUGAACACCCUCAUACCUGAGACAUCCUAGAAAGUUGCCCUUAUCGUUGUCCAAUAAUGGCACGUCUAUCGAAGGUUGCUCUCGUUACCCUUGGCUCACUGAGCGGGGUGAAUGCUUGGGGUUCGUUGGGUCAUGCAACUGUUGCCUACAUUGCCCAGAACUACGUUUCGUCCAGCACUGCAUCAUGGGCGCAAGGUGUGCUCGGAGACACGUCUACCUCAUACCUAGCCAACAUUGCCUCCUGGGCUGACACGUACCGUACAACCACCGCCGGCAAAUGGUCCGCGCCUCUUCACUUUAUUGAUGCUGAGGAUAGCCCUCCAACCAGCUGCAAUGUGAACUACACUAGGGAUUGUGGCAGCUCAGGCUGUUCGAUUUCUGCAAUUGCAAACUACACUCAGCGUGCAGGGGAUAGCGGGCUUACCACUGCCAAUGUUGCCGAAGCCCUCAAAUUCCUAGUCCACUUCCUGGGCGAUGUCACUCAGCCACUGCACGAUGAGGCCUAUGAGGUUGGUGGUAAUGACAUCGCAGUCACCUUCGAGGGUUACAGCGAUAACCUCCACUCGGACUGGGACACAUAUAUGCCCCAGAAGCUGGUUGGCGGCAGCUCGCUCACCUAUGCGCAGACUUGGGCCAAGACACUGAUCAGUGAGAUCGACUCGGGUAGCUACAAGUCCGUGGCUGCUAGCUGGAUUCAAGGGGAUAGCAUUAGUGAUCCCAUCACUACCGCUACUCGAUGGGCAUCGGAUGCGAAUGCCUACGUCUGCACUGUGGUCAUGCCCAAUGGAGCUGCUGCUUUGCAAACUGGCGAUCUCUACCCCACCUACUACAACUCUGCUAUUGGAACUAUCGAGCUUCAGAUUGCCAAGGGUGGAUACCGGCUGGCUAACUGGCUCAACUUGAUCUAUAGGAAUGAUAUCGCUAAGCGGGACCUUGAAGGGUUUGUCAACAAGGCUCGGAGCGAGGGCCCAGAUCUUAUGGGUCGGGAUCUGCUCCCUGCACCUGGCCCGUUGAGCCGUGCUCAGUUGGCUAGAGAUGCUAUGGGAGGCGAUUGCUGCGGAUCUGCCAGACAUGCUCAUUAGAGGGAGGCCACGGAGGGAUUGGGCAUAUAUGAAUGUGACGAGGAACCCGUUGAUCGUGGUUCGGAUGCAAGCGAGAUUAUUAGGCUAGAGGUUGAUUUUUUCUUGGGAUUUUUUUGAAACAUAUGAGUCAAUGAAAUUCUGAAUUUACGCUGGUAUGCAGCCGGUACAAAGCCCUUUGAUGCUGGAAUAUUUG